AUGGAUUCUCUGGAUGUGUUCUACAGUGAUAACUUUGAUUCACAGACAUCAAACAGCUUUGAGACCAAUCCACCUGCGUGUCGGUAUUCACAAAUCACCGAGCAGGAAACUUAUUCUGAACCUCUGUAUUCUUCAUUGGACAGUCGUGUGAGAGGAGACUGCCUGCCCUUUGAGCUGCCUCCGUGUCAACACACGCUCGCGUUCCCUGGACAGUCGCACUCACCGAACUGUCUUCGGGUUAAAGACCAACGUAUCGAUGCCUAUCACGUGACCAAUGAGCCGGGCCGCGGCGCAGAGGAAACUGGCGCUAGGCUCGGCGGUCAGGUGGCAUUUCCGUGGAUGAGAGUUUCUAGAUCUCAGCCCUGUCCAUCGCCUACAGCAGGAAACUACUUUUGCGAGGACUCGGACGAGCACAAAAGGAGUCGAACCGCUUACAGCAGGGCCCAACUUCUAGAACUGGAGAAAGAGUUUCUGUUUAACAAGUACAUCUCCCGUCCCCGGAGGUAUGAACUGGCUACGACACUUAACCUAACGGAACGACACAUCAAAAUAUGGUUCCAGAAUAGGCGGAUGAAGUGGAAAAAAGAGGAGGCGAAAAAACACAGACGUUUGGAAAAUGGAGAACAAGAGCACAGCGCUGAUUCAACGUCAAAAAUAUGA